AGGGGUUGCCCGCACCGUAGCUCUCAGGCAGGGGUAUCCCGACAUGCACACACCCACCCCACGCUUAGCAGCACCGCUGUGAGCCCGGACACUCGCUUUACUAGCGUAUCCGAGACCAACCUGCGCAUCUCCUGCUUGUCAACUACAAAUCUCUCUAACCUGUGAAGACCUUCGGGUUGAGAGUUGUAGUUCUGUUACAUGGGCUUGGACGAUGCCCUGCCAUGCUUGGUAGCCCAUUUAAAGGAACGGCUAGUUGAUGUAGUAGUCAGUGGCAGAACUUGGGUACCAGUGAGGCAAUGCUGUUGUACAGCCGAGCGAAGCAUUCCCUGGGAGCCAAAGUGCUGCUAGCUGUUCGCUAAUGUGGAGCAGGCACCUCCAACUAACAGCGGCAGCACCCACCGUGUCCAUUUAAAGGGCCCGUUAAGCCCAACUCUGCCUGGUGUCCCCCACUGUGUUCGGAGCGUCCUUUUAACCAACCCCCACCUGAGAACAGGAGCAUUCCACCUUUCCCCACGGGGACGGGCAUUUUCUCCCUCCUCCCCUUUUACCGAUGUAGCGGUACCCCUGUCACAUUCUGACAAGGAGACCCGUCUCCUCGCCUGCGCUUUCGUUGUGAGCAGGCUAGCGUACGCUUGUUGCCCUGUAGCAGAGCUCGUAUGGCCACGAUCCGUAGCAAAGUGUGGGGCCAUUCAUAAAAGCAGAUCGGGAAGCCACACGCGUAAACACGCACAUGACUGGAUCACGAGGCUCUGGCUAGUGUGCUUUCGAGGAUUUAGCAGAAAAGCAACAAGGGGGUUCACCCCGGUGGGGGGCUGCUGGGGUUUGUAGUUCAACAGCUGGAGGGCCGCAGGCUGGACUUCCCCGCCCCCCCCACGAAUUCCCUGAUUUCCAUUGAUCACACCCACCCCAUUCCUGAUGUCUGAAUUAUUUAUCCUCUCCUUGCUGAUAUAUCACUAGCUGGGAAAGUGGAGUUGCAUGGCAAAGUGAUAGAAGUUGAACACUCAGUACCCAAAAGGCAAAGGAGUCGAAAGCUUCAGAUAAGAAACAUACCGCCUCAUCUACAGUGGGAGGUACUGGACAGCCUGUUAGCACAGUAUGGGACAGUGGAGAACUGUGAGCAAGUGAACACGGAUUCAGAAACUGCAGUAGUAAAUGUAACGUAUGCCAAUAAGGAGCACGCUAGACAGGGACUUGAAAAAUUAAACGGCUAUCAGCUUGAAAACUAUAGUCUGAAAGUGACGUAUAUACCUGAUGAAAUGGCAACACAGCAAGCACCAUCCCAGCAGCUUCAGCAGCAGCCGCAGCAGCAACACCCUCAAGGGAGGCGUGGGUUUGGGCAGAGGGGACCUGCCAGGCAGGGGUCCCCUGGUGCUGCUGCAAGACCUAAACCUCAGUCUGAGGUCCCGCUGAGAAUGCUGGUUCCCACACAGUUUGUUGGAGCGAUCAUUGGAAAAGAGGGGGCUACCAUUAGGAACAUCACCAAACAGACCCAGUCAAAAAUAGAUAUUCACCGUAAAGAAAAUGCUGGUGCUGCAGAGAAACCGAUUACAAUUCACUCAACCCCUGAAGGCUGUUCUGCUGCAUGUAAGAUCAUUAUGGAGAUCAUGCAGAAGGAAGCUCAGGAUACCAAGUUCACUGAAGAAAUCCCCUUAAAAAUCUUAGCACAUAACAAUUUUGUUGGCCGUCUUAUUGGGAAAGAAGGAAGGAACCUUAAGAAAAUCGAGCAAGAUACAGAUACUAAAAUCACAAUAUCUCCACUACAGGACUUGACACUGUACAAUCCUGAACGGACCAUUACAGUAAAAGGCAGCAUUGAGGCAUGUGCCAAAGCUGAGGAAGAAAUCAUGAAAAAAAUUAGGGAGUCCUAUGAAAAUGAUAUUGCUGCUAUGAAUCUCCAGGCACAUUUGAUUCCUGGCUUAAACCUGAAUGCAUUGGGCCUUUUCCCACCAUCUUCAUCAGGAAUGCCGCCACCUUCUGUUGGAGUUCCCUCGCCUACAACAUCUACUUCUUAUCCACCUUUUGGGCAACAGCCAGAGUCAGAGACCGUUCAUCUCUUUAUCCCAGCUUUAGCUGUGGGAGCAAUUAUUGGAAAGCAAGGACAACACAUCAAACAACUGUCACGUUUUGCAGGAGCAUCUAUUAAGAUUGCACCUGCGGAGGGACCUGAUGCCAAACUAAGAAUGGUGAUCAUCACUGGCCCACCAGAAGCCCAAUUUAAGGCUCAAGGAAGGAUCUAUGGUAAACUGAAAGAAGAAAACUUCUUUGGACCUAAAGAAGAAGUGAAACUUGAGGCCCACAUUAAAGUGCCGUCGUAUGCUGCUGGACGUGUUAUUGGCAAAGGAGGCAAAACUGUAAAUGAACUUCAGAAUCUAACAAGUGCAGAAGUUGUUGUGCCCCGUGAUCAAACGCCAGAUGAAAAUGAUCAAGUGGUUGUUAAGAUAACAGGUCACUUCUAUGCAAGUCAGCUUGCACAAAGGAAAAUUCAGGAAAUAUUGGCUCAGGUAAGAAGACAGCAGCAGCAACAGCAGAAAACAGCGCAAAGCGGACAACCCCAACCGAGACGAAAAUAAAGGUUCAGGAAAUUGGCCCUUCACAGAGACAGAUGCCAGACCAAAGACAGACUGAGAUGAAGACAGGUUCCACCUCUGUCUGUGCUAAGUGGAAAGAACGCCACCUAGUGCAUCCCCUGUUUGAGGACCAGGCAACCAUUAAACUGUCUCUGAGAAUGUAUUAUUUAGGCUCCCAGCUUUAAAAAUGGAAAAAAGGCAAAAAAAGAAAAAGAAAAAAAAAAAAAAGGUCCCCUUCACUUCCCUUUUGAUCUAUUCUCACAAGUUAACAUAAACCUUGUUAGUCUUUUUUUAUUGUUCUUAUUCCCCCAACAAUUUUAGAACUUUGUUUAAUGAAGCUUUCUCUUAUGAGUUCUGGUUCAAAAAGAAAAGGCAUUGCUCUUAUACGUCCAGUUGUAUUAAAAGAUAAAUAGUGGAGGGUGGGAUUACUGUUGGGUUAGAGUCGAUGAAGGUUAUUGACAAGAUUAAGUGUUAGUCCCAGUGUUGAACAAGUGGCAUUUUUUUUUCUAAUUUGGUUGCAUUUUUACUUAACACUGCCAUGAAUAACCUAAGGGAAGUGUAGAAAGGUGUUGGCCAGGGCAUAAAAAGAUAUAUGCAUUUUACUAAACUACCUCAGGCAUUUAGUACCUCAAUGAGAAAUUGUUCCUUUUUGCUUUUUUUGUUUUUUGUUUUUUUUUUUGUUUUAUAUUUUGUAUACUUUAUAAAGCUAAUAGUUCUUGAGCAUUUUAUUUUUUUAAUAAAAAAAAAUAAAAUAUCAGCCAGCAGCUAAGGAGUUGCUUAUAUUUGGUGCAAGAGAGCAGACUAAAACUGCUAGCUGCUGGCUGAUGGGAGUAAGAUGGGGAGUUGCCUCAGUUUUCCUGAGGCCUUUCAAACCAUCAUAUUGCUAGAUAAUUCAGUGAAUGUUCAAAAAUAGAUACGGAAAGACACCACCAUUCUGAUAUCAGCAAUGCCGUUAAUUUUUCUUUUACUAUGGGUUGAAAAUAAAGCUUGACGGUACUUUUUCUGGGAACAGGACACAAGGAAGUGAUGGAAAGAGGCCGGCCGGGUUUGGGAAAUUUUUAGGAUGCAAUAGACUGGAGUUUUGUGUUUUUUUGUUUUUUUUUCUUUCUGGGAUUUUUUUAUUUUUUCCCCUUUUUUAAUUUAAUUUUUUUUUUUUGUGCUGCUUGGUUGAAUGCAAUGAACCCUUUGUGCCUUUGACCAUCACUACCUAACAAUGCUACAUUGAAACAUUUGCAGCCCGUUUGAACUUUGCCAUUCUGUUCAAAGAGCAAGCUUCAUCGUCAGUUUGGUAAAUACACUCGAUCUGUGGGAGCAUAUAUAUAUAUAUAAAUUUAUAUAUAUAAAUAUAUAUUUUUGAUUUUUUUUUUUUUUUCCUUUAUAUAUAAUUUUUUUUUUGUCACAACCAUCUAUCAAUGCUCCCCAUAAGAUCAGCACAUAUUACGUUCAGUUACCAUGACUGGGGGAGAGGGAACUGGGGAGGGGUCAAACACUCGUUUUGAUCACGCAGAAGAUAACGACAGGCUUACGUUUACAUAUCCAGCCGCAGUAAAAAAAAAUUUUUAAAAAGUAAAAAGAAUAAAAAAGGGCCACACAAAGCCACUUGAAAGGUGUAAAAGCUGAAUACAACAGUCUAUCCCGGCUUAAAAUAGCAACAGCAGGGUUUAUGCACAUUCUUUUUAAUUUUACUUUGCAACCAAUCUGAAACCCUUUGGCUGCCAGAGCGGCAAGGGGUGUUUAAAGCCUCACGCCUCUGGCAGCCGAAGGGUGUAAAACAAAAGGAAAGUCAAAAGGCAGGGACAAAAGGAAAGCUACCAAAUUCUUUUUAAUUUCAGAAUGUAAAUUGAAUGAUGAUUGUGGUUAUAUUACACAUUCAAGUUUCUACAAUAAACUUCAGUCUACCUCAGUUUUGAAAAAUGUGGCAACACAUGGUGCAUAAAGACUGCUGUGUGUGUGCGUGUGUGUGGUCUUAACAGAGCCAUGCGAUUUACCUCUGAACCUUUAUUUUUUUGUGAUGUUUUUGUGCAUGAGAUGAUCACAAUCACCAUGCUGCACUGAUUUGAGGGGCACAACUAGCGAAAACCAUUUGUUUCAUCAUUUUGUUGAUCUACCUCUUAGAUUCAUAUUGAAAUAGAGGCAUUUCUGCAUAGACUAGAUAAUUUUUCCCAAAGAUCAUUGUUGUACAGAUUAGAGAUUUUUUCUUCUUCUUUUGAAAAUGGUCUGAAGUGCUUUUUUUUUCUUCUUCUACAUCUUUACUAAUUUGGUUAAAAUAAAGAACUCAGAACCUAUGUUGUAGUUUUAAGAGAAACCUUAAUUUUUUUUUUUCUUCCUUGACGAGAGUGACUUCAUUUAGUGGUUAGAAUUUUUUCUUUUCUUACAUUGAUUAAAAGAAUACUGAACUAUGAAAAGUCAUUAAAAUAGCAUAUUGAACUUUAGUUGAGGCUUGAGUACUGGCCCAACUUUCUUUUUCUUAACAUGUUGAAGCAGACAUAACUUGAUUAUUUUCCAUGAAUUUUACUUUACAGAUAGGUGCUGCAUUUACAUCUGCUGAUUUAAAUACUGUCAUAUCUCUUUAAAUUUCUAGACUGUUAGUGUGGUAAAUCAUGUUUUUUCAAUUGAGACUUGGUAACUUGGAGUAUUUUGGCAAUAGAUACAGUAGAAAGUAAUACUGUAAAUGAAUUUAAUAUCAGCAAAGCAUGGAUCAUAUUUCAUCUGUAAUGUGCCCCCAACGCAGCUCCACUUGCCAGAUGCCUCUGAAUGGAAUAAAGAGUUUAACUCCUAGA